AUGUUUAGCUUUACAAAAAAUGCAAAAAUAGAUGAAAUUGUGUUCGAAAAUAAAGUUCAGUAUAAAGAAACAACAGUUGAACAAAUAGAUACUAUAAGAAAUGAUCAAUAUAAAUUUUAUGAAAAUGGCGAAUUAGUACUUGAAAAUGAUUAUAUAAAAAAACCAACUGAAAUAUCCGAUGAGCCUAUUGGAAAUAGCAAAAGGGUAUCUAAAAAUACUAGUAGAGAGAACCAGGCAUCUGAAGUAAUUGAGUUAUCAAGUGAUGAAGAAAACUUACCAAAAAUAAUUAAAUUAUCAAGUGACGAAGAAAACCUACCCGAAAUAAUUGAGUUAUCAAGUGACGAAAG